AUGCGUUUGUACGUCUUGCUGACCUCGUGUGAUCCAUUGCGAAUCUACGUGUUCCGGGACGGCCUGGUUCGAUUCACCACCAUUCCGUAUGCGGAACCGAGUCAACGAAACAUGCAAAAUAUGUACAUGCAUUUGACCAACUAUGCUGUACAGAAACACAGCGAGGGAUUUAUUCGGGACGAUGAGGAAGGCGGAACGAAACGACGCAUCACCACACUGAACCGGUGGUUUGCACAGAACGGAUACGAUUUGAAAAAGGCAAGUGUGAACCACUCGCCCAGCUUCACCACGGACAGCAAACUAGAUCGGGAGAUCAAAGAAGCGAUGUUGUGGGACACUUUGAAUUUGGCACACUUCAGUAUGCUCAGCAAGAAAAGAUGCAUGGAAGAUGAGCGAAAACGGAUCCGGAAUCGACUUUUACAAAAAACAGCCAAGAAAGAUUUGAAAGAUGCUACGGAAAAGGAACAGGCACGUUAUUUGGCAAACAGUGAUCGAUACGAGAAGAGUCAUAUGGGCAACUACCGUCGGAUCUAUCCGACCGAGGAGACCCACAAAUACGAUCCGUUUCUGAACCCGAAUGCCACGUUCUAUCAGGAGACAACAACAUACAAAGUACGAAUUGAAUGUGCACGACAGCAGCGUGAAGAAAUUCGCCAGAAACGCGAAAAGCUCGAUAUGUAUCAGAACAAACAAAAAUCCUUGAUGCCUCCGGAGAGUCCGGCUCUGCGUAAAUUGCCCCCAAAAUCGAAUCCGAAUCGGCCGGCGGCCAAUCGCAUCCCGGGUAGCACAUACGCGAAAUCCAUCAAAACGGACAGACCAGCUACAGAAUCCCGAGCCACCCAAUAUCCAUGGGGUGAUCACGCACAGAGCUCGACCAAUCAAUUUACAACAGACAAUAACGAAGAGAAUACCACAUUGAGAAAAGAAGGCGAUCAUGUGGAUGAUUUGUGGCUUCCGCAACCGAUUGUGGCGGAAGAGGAGAUGGAACGUGUUGAAGGACUANAAGGACUACGCCAACGAGAACGGUUUAUGCGCAGUAUCGGUCUGAUUGAUGCAGUGCACCGACUACUGAUGAACAGUCGUGGAGUGUGCUCCACAAUGGCCAAAAAUGCCCCACCGAAGAAAUCAAUUCAUUCAGCCAAUCCUUUUCAACAUGCUGUGUUUUCGAACACUGAGGGAGAAGACCGGUGGCGGGACGGAGCAUUCACAUCGAGCUCACAUCUGUUGGGAACAACAAAUCGUUCCUUUUCCGGUGGACGAAUGAAACGACAAUCUUCAAUGUCCCGUGCAUCAGCUGGCCACUCUGCACUGAAACCGAAAGACAAUCAAUCCGCACAGUCGAAUCGAACCGACACUCUGGACGCGUUGUUACAAAAUGUCCCAGUGAUGUCCAAAUUAGAUCCUGAAUUGGGAUUGGCUAAUCGGAAGAAUGCAGCUCCGUUUUAUACAGUUGGACACAAACUGAGUACCAUAUCGAAUGGGAAUUUCCGUCGACAAACCAGUGCCGGCCGAAUUCAAUCUAGAGGAAAAGGGAACUCAGGCAUUUACAAUUUGGCUAGUCUACGGCCUCCACCGUAUGGUAAACCGUCAAAAUCAUGUAACAGUGCUGAUUCGACCAAUGUGAUUGGUUUCAUGCAGACUAAAAUUGGUCUUCGUCAUACCGCCGCUGCUUCGGCUGCUGUUGCUGGUGGCGGUGGUGGAAGAACAUUACAUGCCCCGAACAAUCUAAUCACAAAUUCCGAACCGGAAAACACCGCCUACAUAUAUCGUGUUCGCGGUUACACUCCCAUGUCGUGGGAGCAAUCCCAUGAGGUUGUGUUACGCAACUUCCCAGCGAGAAACCCCUAUUUGGGGACUCACAAUUUCAGCGGAAAUUUCUCAACGCGAUACAGAACUAGUCAGGAUUUUUCCGCGGAGAAUAAGAUACAGGAACAUUUGAGUAAUAAUAACGCUGUUCUGUGUACCACCUCAGCGGACCACGAGAAACGCAGGAAACCGCAAACGGACUCGUUAGAAAUUGACACACGUCAAAGAGGUGACACCAUUCAGUUGAUCUCCAAAGAUGUGUCCUAUCCUGUUUCUAAUACACAACAGCUCUUUAUCAGUCCAACACUCCGGCAAGAAAACCCCAUCAAACGAUCCACUGCAUUACUCAGUGGAGAGCAUUGUUUAACCGCGUCCGACACGAACCUAUUGCAACAUCAUGAUCAGAUUGUCCUGAAUCGAUUACGCACAUGA